CCUUAGGUAACCCCACACAGUUCGAGAGACGGCAGUUGGUGGCUUGCCCCUGCAAAAGCCCUUAGGUAACCCCACGGUUUGCUACAGUGGAUGAAGAAAAUUCAUUUCUGGAUCAGGAGUUGCCAAGAGCUGGAGGCUGGAAUUGUUUUGAAGCAACAUCUCCUGACACAAGUUUCUCUACAAAAUCAUUUAUUGAAACAUGAAUCAGUGGGUUAGGGUUAGUCUGCAGGGUUAGUCUGCAGACUCCCUUGAAACUGAGAGAUUAACUCUCAUAGAGGAGAUGACAAAAAAGAAAAGACAGAAAACUGAUGGAUGCUCUGAUGGACAGCACCUUCGCAUUGCGAAGGAAGGAGAUUGUUGAUGGUGAGCCUCCUGUCUCUGAAAUUGAAGCUCGAUGGCCAGCACUUUUUUCAGAAAGACAGAUAAGUGCAGAGUUCAUGCGCUUGGUUUCCUCUGAUCUCCACCAGUGUUUUUUUGAUGGACUGGACAAAUAUGUUCCAAAACUGCUGGAGAUGUACAGCAUACGAAGUCCAAGCUGUCCUAACCUGCGCCGUCUGCUUCAUUCCCUCGAUGAACAAACUUCAAACCAGAAGAGAAGAGCAGCUGUUUUGCUUGGACUUCCGCAUUACCUGAGGGAGGACUCCAGCAGUUUCAUCUCUGUCUGUGAGACUACCAGCUCAGAAGGAGUAGCAAGACAAGUGGACAUUGGCCUGCUCAUUGUUGCAGAGGAUGGUGGAAGUGGAAAACAAUUGCUGGCUUUGAACAUUGUUGAUGUCGCCGUGGUGCUGGAGGAAAGAGUCAUCGUGCAAGAGCUAAAGGAUGUUCCCAAAGCCUUUGCAACGCUGAUGGGACUCCUCUACAGCCUCAACAUGAUGUACCCUAAAGGACUAAAAUAUACCUUUGAAGUCAUCCAAAAAGUAUUCAUGGGCAUCGGCAGUGCGACUUGUUCAGCCAAAGUCAAUGGACUCCGGAACAAGAUGCUUCAAGCAUAGGCAAGUUGAUGGCUAUCACGUGAUCUGAAUACUUGUUCAUAUACAUUACAAUUACAUAACACACUCUCAAACAUCAUAAACACCACUAUUAAAUAAAAACACAUCAUAAACACAAACACAAGAUCAACACAUGCAUCAUAAACACCACCAUCAGUUAUGAAUGUUGAUGUAGCAGGAUUUAAUUUGCUCAUUAAAUUGUAUUUAAAAAAGGCCUUUACAAGUUCUGUUUAUAUUGUGUUUCACAUGUUAGGCCUUUUUUAUUUUGCAGGAUUUCAUUGUUAUUUAAAUUGUAUUUUUAAAAAGCCUUUAAAAGUUGUGUUUAAAUUGUGUUUCACAUGUUAGGCUUUCUUUAUUUCGCAGGAUUUCAUUGCUCUUUAAAUUGUAUUUUUUAAAAGCCUUUAAAAGUUGUGUUUAAAUUGUGUUUCACAUGUUAGAUCUUUUUUAUUUCGCAGGAUUUCAUUGUUCUUUAAAUUGUAUUUUUAAAAAGCCUUUAAAAGUUGUGUUUAAAUUGUGUUUCACAUGUUAGAUCUUUUUUAUUUCGCAGGAUUUCAUUGUUCUUUAAAUUGUAUUUUUAAAAAGCCUUUAAAAAUUGUGUUUAAAUUGUGUUUCACAUGUUAGGCCUCUUUUAUCUAUAUAUUUCAUGCUUUUAGUCCAUUUUUGCUAUGGUAUUUGAAUAAAAUCGUAUCGUACCAUAAAUGAUCUUUAAUCUCUGUAUUUUUAUGUGUGCUGUUAAAAAAAAGAUGUGUAAGUUGUCUGGGCAAAUUUAGAAUUCAAAUUUUGUUGAAUCAACUUUGAAUAAGUAAGUCAGAUGA